CUUUUCAACUAUCCACAUUUCAGCGUGACAAAAAAAAAUUAAUUAUGGACGGUGCUAAGAGUGGAUUUUUCAUAAAUUUAUAUCAGAAUCUUAGGAAUGGAUUAAAAAGUGAUGAAAUUCAAGCUUUUACAAAUUUAUCAAAUAAUACCGAGCGCAUUAAAUUUGUGCAUAACAUCAGCAAGAUAGACGAAAAAUUAAGGCUCACACGUCACGAUCGUGAGCAAAAGCAUCGACUGAAAAGUGAUGACGAAAUUUAUUUUUAUAAAGACUUAAAUUGUGCGAUGGGAAUGAAGAAUGUUGGAAAUAAAUUCUUUCAGAAUCAACAAUGGAAUGAGGCAUUGAAUUUCUAUAAUAAAAGUUACUUAAUGAUACCAUCCGAAUCAUCAAAAGACACAGCAAUAUUGUUUGCAAAUCGCUCAGCCGUUCUUUAUCAUCAGGAACAAUAUGAUGCAGCAUUAAAAGAGAUUGAGAGAGCAAUAGCUUGUGGCUAUCCAACUGAAUGGAUGUAUAAGUUGAAGGAAAGAAAGGCUCGUUGUUAUUUGGCCAAAAAGGAACACAAUGAAGCUUUAAAGGCAUUUCGUGAGGACGUUCAGGCAUUAGACGAUGCAAAAAUUCCACUUGAUAAGAAAUUAAAACUUGAAAGAGAUGCUCAAAUUAUGAUAAAAAUGCUAGAAAAAGGCCAAACGAUGGAGCAGCAAAUUAAGCAGAAACAAAAGUCGAAAAAUGUCAAAGGUAGCACUAAAGCGAAAAAUGAUGAAAAAAAUGCUGAACAUUUUGUUAGCGAUUGCCUAGGAUUUGAAUAUACGGAUGAAGAGGGUCGAUUUGCAACAGCCGCUAAGGAUAUUAAAUUAGGAACAUAUUUAGUGCAGGAGAAACCACACGCUUCAUGCCUGUUACAAUUAUAUUCGCAAACUCACUGCCAAUAUUGUUUUAAGCGUACAAAUGUGCCAAUAUCAUGCUCAAGUUGUGCAGAUGUUAUCUAUUGUAAUGAGAACUGCCGCGAUAAAGCAUGUAAUACUUUUCACAAAAACGAAUGUGGAAUAAUGCAGCAUUUGUGGAGUUCUGGUACAUCAAUUACAUGUCAUAUGGCAAUAAGAGCAAUCACACAAAAGUCACUAAAUUAUUUUGUCAACAUGAAGCAAGAGUUGCAGGAAUUGAGAGCUAAAGUUGACUAUUCAAAAAUUGACGAUUUAAGUGUUGAUGAUUAUCGACGAAUGUUCGUUCUUGUUACUCAUGAGAAAGAGAGAACGUUUGAGGAUGUCUUUCAUCGCAUGGUUAUGGCUUGCUUCUUACUCUAUUGUAUGAAAUUGGGUGGAUUUUUUGAAGGAGAUGAAACUGAGGAAAACUAUUACUACAUCGGAUCAUUAAUCUAUCAUAAUCUACAAGUAAUGCAGUUUAAUGCUCAUGAAAUAGCAGAACUACAAUUUAAGGGAAAGAAUGACACAGGCACUUCAACAUUUAUUGGCGGUGGACUUUAUCCAACUGUUGCCUUCUUUAAUCAUUCAUGCGAUCCUGGUGUCGUGAGAUACUUCAAUGGUAAUAUUGUAAUGGUGCGUGCAAUCAAGCACAUAUCGGAAGGAUCGAUGGUUGCAGAAAAUUACGGUCCAAUUUUCACUCAAAUGAAAAAGGAGGAACGACAAUCUCAAUUACAGAAGCAAUAUCAUUUCACAUGCAUGUGUGUACCAUGCAUGGAAAAUUGGCCGACAUUUAAAGAGAUGAACGAUUCCGUUUUUCGUUUUCGUUGUGACGGACUCAACAGAACAUGUAAGAGUGUUUUGGAAGUUCCAUUAGAUGUGAAUGAGUUCAUGUUAAAAUGUACAGAAUGUGGAGAAUUUACGAACAUUAUGAAAGGUUUAAAGCGUGUACAAGAUACAGAUAUGCUGUUUAAAACGGGAACGAGAUUACAUGAGCAAGGCGAUACGAAAAAUGCCCUAUCUAAAUAUGUUGAAGUUUUGGAUAUCCUUCAUCAAUCAAUGGUUCCGCCUUUUCGUAGUUACAACUUGGCUCAACAAGGAAUCAAACGAUGCAUUAUGGAAUUUGGAAAUAAGGUUUAUCUAUGAGCAUGAGCUUAAUUACUAUUUUGUUCUUUUUGUCGUCUUCUUUUCUUUUGACUCUAUUUCAAGCUCAUUGUGCUAUUAUUAAAAAAUUAUGCAAAACCUUUUAUACUGUUUUUAUACAACAAGACAUCUCUCUUGGAGAGAUACAGUUACUGCCAAAAUUAAAUGUCAUGUAACUACAAGCAAUGAUUCACGAGCGAGCAUAAAAAUGUUACUUGACUGAAUCUCUUAUCAAAUAUUUUUAAUAAAAUCAUUUUUCACUUUUCACUUUGCAUACUUAUUUUUUAAGGUGCUUAAUGG